AGGAGCUGCAGGCCCUCAGCUCUCAGCUGCUGCUGCUUCAGGCUCAGCUUCAGUACGAGCGCUUCAAGAGGCAGCAACACGCCGUGAGGAACAGACGACUGUUGAGGAGAGUGUUGAGCAGCACAGCUAUGGAGGAGGACGCUGUCUCCAUGAAGGGGCAGCUGUGUCUGCAGGAUGAGGAGAUCUACUCUCUGAAGUGCAGUCUGCAGGAGGAGCAGAGACGAUACACACUCCUGCAGCAGGACACACACACACACACUGAGCAGAUGCACACACACAUCCAGCAGCUGCUGCUGCAGCAACAGGAGGUGCAGAGAGACACACAGAGACUCAAGAGCGAGUUGCAGGAGGGUCAGAAUAGGCUGAGGGAGCAGGAGGCGGAGCUUCAGAGAGCCAAUAACAAGGCUUCCCAUGCAGAGCACCAGCUGACCCAGCUGUCACUCAAGCUGUGCAGCAGUGAGCAGCUGCAGCAGCAGAUCUACCUGUUGAACCAGCAGCUGGUCCUGAUGAGAGAAACCAACAGAGCUCUGAGGGAACAACUGGAGGGGGGGGGGCAUGCACCGAGGCACGGUGAGGACACACACUGUACUGUGUGUGUUGGUCAGGAGGCGUCCAUGCUGCAAUGCACUGUGGGUAAAGAGCACCAGCGGCUGAAGGACGGUGACAUCAUACAGAGACAGAAGCUGGAAGCAGCCAAUCACAGAGCAGCAGAGCUGGAGGUUCAGCUGGGCAGGAAGGAGCAGCUGAUCCUGGAUCAGAAGAAGCUGCUGGAGGACUCCAAGGCCCGCAGCAGAGCGGAGUUGUCGGCCUGUGAGAGUCGCUGCCUGGUUCUGAGGAGAGUCGUUCAGACGCUGCAGACGGAGACGCUCCACCUGUACAGCCAGCUGCACCUGGACACACACACACACAGCCGGCCUCAAGACGUCAGGCCUAACGGAGGCAGUGUGGCCCUACCUGCGCCUCACAAGCCCCGCCCCUUCUCUUCUUCUGUGGGGAUAAUAAACGGCGGCACCCUAUCCUCCUCCCCCCUCUCCCUCGCCCUCUGCUCCUCCCCCCUCUCUCUCUCCCCCAUCGACUCCCCCCUGGCCGUCGGGUCGUUCCUGGAGCAGAGAGCCCGCCAGCUGUUCAGACCGACCAAUCACAGCGCAAAGGAGGAGGAGGAGGAAGGAGAGGAAGAGGAAGAUGAGGUCCAAUCAGAGGGCUCGAUUCUGGGUCAGGAGGCUGAGGAGACCUCCCCCCUCACAGGGAGUCCUCAGACGCCCCGAGUAGCUCCGCCCCAUGUAGCUCCGCCCCCUGUAGCUCCGCCCCCCGACCUGACGCUCGCUGUGAGGCAGCGCCGCCACGAGCUGAGCAUCAUGGACUACGACGAGACGCAGCCCGACUUCUGACAGCAAACACAGCUGACCUCUGACCUUUCUGUACUCAGGGCCGUACAUUAAUCUGGUUAAUUACAGCCGUUUGAACCCAGAAGCAGCAGGUGGUGCUGUGACUCAAUCAUCACGUAUAAAACACGCCUCCAUCAGGACCGUCUGUCCACACGACAACAAGCUAACAGCUUUUAAAACGCUGCUCUCUGAAGGCAGUGAGGUGGAUGAGGGCUAUGCUAACAUGUAGCUGCUCCAUGUAGUCCAGCUGAGACGCUUCAACCAAACGAGCUCUCAGGAAGGUAAACCAGCACCUGUGGCAGCUGUGCUGAAGCUCAUCAAUUAGCUGAUAGCUCAUUAGCCCGCUUCUGCUAAUGAGCUACUUUUGGUUAGCAGAUUCAAGUUAGCUAGCUUAGAAAAUAGCGGCUACUGUUUUAAAUGUUAUCAUGAACUUUAUCUGAGGUUAGCAUCACAUUAGAUUAGAACUGAUCCAAUAAAGGAAACCAAAGUGCCAGCAGAGCCUUUACUGACGCUAACACUGAUUAGCUAACAGUGAUUAGCUAACAGUGAUUAGCUAACACUGAUUAGCUAACACUGAUUAGCUAACAGUGAUUAGCUAACAGUGAUUAGCUUAUCAGUGUUGCUCUGCGUUAAGACAUGAAUAAGGGAAGGAAUCUGAGAAAUAACCCUUCGUUAGUGUCGAUGAAUCUACAAAGAAGCUAACAGCUGCUACGCUAAUCACAACGUUAGCUGUUUCUGGAGCUUUAACUACCUCGCAGCCAUUGAUGAUUGAUUCUUUAUUGAUCCUGUGCACGACAUUAACAUGGAAGCAGUCCCUCCAAAAAGGCUCAUCAAAUAUGGAUCAAAUGUUGUGUAAAAUAAUGUAUGACAUAUCUCCACUAACCCUAACCCCACACACAUUAAACAUCACUGGUGCUUAAACCCAAGUUAGAAUAAGGGAGGAUUUAUAACUUACAUUAAAAAAAUAGUAUAACUUAAUGAAUGUAAACAUAAAUGUUGUGAAUGUUUUGAAUGAUAAGUACAAAUAUAUAUAUAUAUAUGCAAACGUUGAGAAACAGUAAAGAAUAUAAAAGCCUUAAACGUCAGUAAACUGAUCCCAGAGCAGCCUUACCGUCUCUCAGGUUCACAGAAGCCCUGAUCCCAGAGCAGCCUUACCGUCUCUCAGGUUCACAGAAGCCCUGAUCUCAGAGCAGCCUUACUGUCUCUCAGGUUCACAGAAGCCCUGAUCCCAGAGCAGCCUUACUGUCUCUCAGGUUCACAGAAGCCCUGAUCCCAGAGCAGCCUUACCGUCUCUCAGGUUCACAGAAGCCCUGAUCUCAGAGCAGCCUUACUGUCUCUCAGGUUCACAGAAGCCCUGAUCCCAGAGCAGCCUUACUGUCUCUCAGGUUCACAGAAGCCCUGAUCCCAGAGCAGCCUUACCGUCUCUCAGGUUCACAGAAGCCCUGAUCCCAGAGCAGCCUUACCGUCUCUCAGGUUCACAGAAGCCCUGAUCCCAGAGCAGCCUUACCGUCUCUCAGGUUCACAGAAGCCCUGAUCCCAGAGCAGCCUUACCGUCUCUCAGGUUCACAGAAGCCCUGAUCUCAGAGCAGCCUUACCGUCUCUCAGGUUCACAGAAGCCCUGAUCCCAGAGCAGCCUUACCGUCUCUCAGGUUCACAGAAGCCCUGAUCUCAGGGACUUUCUCUUGAACAGGGGAAAGGUGUGUUGUAAUACUCACUUCAGCCAGGAGAGGCACUGCGCCAUGUUCUGAAUACUGAGAGGAUCUGAUUGGCCUAAAGAAAGACAUCAAACCUUCACACAUUAUGAUGAGUGUUUGCUGUAGGAAUGAAACCUGAUCUCAGCUGCAGAGCACGAGGCCGUGCUGCCCUUCAACCCCCUGUGGCCAGUGUGAGUAUUACAACAACAAUCACUUCUUAUCGUGCUGUUCUUUUAACCUCUUAAAUCCUAACCGCCCGAGAUCCAUUCGCUUGGGGUCUCCGGCCUCCGUGCAGGACGUCAGAGUAACAGACUACUCUCAGCCUGGCUUAGAAUCGUUUAGUGAAAGAAGGAACUGCUGCUUCCAGUCCUCAUGCUAAGCUAGGCUAACUGUGGCUCUGAACGCCUCAUCGUCCCUCAGAAUAAAGAUUUAUUUUUCAAAAUGAAAUGUCAGACUGAGCUUUAGGAUGAGUUCCAGUUCAGGAAGUUCCUCUGUUUGUCCUCAGCGAGACUCUUUACUGUGAACGACUUCCUCUCUGUGUGUGAUCACCUCAAUAAAGAUGAUGCUCUGUUCA